AUGAACUGCGAACUCCAUGAGAACCCAGCGUUCCACCGACACGCCGAAGCUACCACCGCGGAACUAUUCUACGAUCUUUUCUUCGUCGCAAACCUGACUACCUUUACGUCGUUACAGGAGAUCAAUGACCGGCACUCCUUGACAGAUUACAUCGGCUUCUUCUCUCUGCUCUGGCUAACAUGGUACCAAGUCUCACUCUACGACGUGCGAUUCUCCACUGAUAGCGGCUUCGAGCGCAUCGCGAAAGCACUCCAUUUCGGCGUCAUGGUUGGCUUUGCGGUCAUCGGCCCACAGUGGAAACCAGGGCAGGAACACAGCGAUUACAAGAUCUACAGAGCGUUUGGACUAAUCUUGAUGGUCUCGAGGUUCACGCUGUUUGCGCAGUACGGAGUGACUCUGUGGUAUACCAAGAAGUACAAGAAGAUUGUUCUUCCUAUGGUACUCGUGCUGGGAAUGACGCUUGCCGCGGCCAUUAUUUAUGGCGCACUAACUUCGGCGUUCCCAGGGACAAAGUACAAUGCACUUGGAAACGCGAUCAUGCAGCCGAGCAGCGUGUAUAUUGCAUGGUACGUGGUUGGUAUCUCGGAGACGUUUUUGACCGUGGGUGUGAGCUGCAUCUGGCACGUCGUGUCCUUCAAGGGAACGCAUAUGGUGCAGCGCAUGUCGCUCCUGACACUCAUCAUUCUCGGCGAAGGCAUCAUUGUCAUCUGCAAGUCCAUCUCUCGGAUCGUCAAGAACGACUACCUCUGGACUGUGCCCGUCGUCGGCCAGAUCAUCGCCGCCGUGUUGAUCAUCUACUUCCUGUACAUGCUGUACUUUGACCGUAUCCAGGAGGAGCAUUUUGGAAGUAUCAAGCAGCAAAUAUGGUCGUUCUUGCAUUAUCCGCUGCACACUGUGCUCGUGCUGAUCUUGCAGGGCAUUUCGCUGCUCAUCAUCUGGCGCCAGGCCGUCGAAUCUUUGAACGCACUCGAGGCAGACUGGCUACCAGCGCUGACCUGGCUUGAAACACGCGAAGUGGUAAACGGCUCGAACUUCGCAUCGUUCAUGAGCGCCAUACCCAACACAUACGCCACUGAGGGAGUGGCAUAUGCAACGUACAUUAACCAAACGUGCUGGAACCAAGUAUACAGGUACAUCCCCAAGGGUGUGGAUGCAUCCAAGGAGAUCAAGAUUGUCUUGGAUUCCUGGUAUGUCAUCCAGCAGGGUUUGGACAACUACCUAGCCGACUACAACAAUCAGACUGCUUGGACACAAUUUGACACUGGAUUGAACGAGGUCAUCUCCGCGACAUUCAAGACGCUCUUUGACACCUUUAGCGUCACGGCUCCGAAGCGCACAAGCAAAGUUACCGGAAAUGAGAUUGCAAACUGGACGGCCACGAUUACCCAGUAUUAUAUCAUUUUCGAGCUCGUCUUGACAUAUACAUUCAUUGCGGGCGGCCUGGCUUUGGUUUUGACGACCCUGCUCGGCUUCAUCUCACUGCCCAAGCAAGAACGUCGAUUUCCUAUUUACGCUCGGCUUGCCAUAAACACAGCGGCGGGUAUUGGCCUCUGUCUAAUCUCCACUAUUCGGUACAGCGAUGGCAGCUUGUACAACUUCUUGGGCAGCGCCUGGAUCAUCCCGACUAUCUGCUUGGUUCUGUUCAUUUGCGUUGUACUCAACCACGUUACCCUACCAAAGUGGGUGGUGCACUGA